UACUCUCCUCCUACCUCCUUCCCAUUUGCUCUUUUUUUUUGACUUUUCGCUUCCUUUGACUUAUCAGUCUCCUCUUCUCUCUCUCUAUCUUUUGAUCAAAUCCAUCUUCAUCUUCUUCUUCAACCUCUUGAAUCUCACAAAUUCUCAAUCCUCAAGCUUCUUCUUCCUCCUCUUCGUUUCGACAACAAUGUCUAAUUUCACUUAUUCUUCCGCUUUCAACUUAUCCGACUCCUCUUUAAACUCCGCCAUUGGUUCUUCUUCCUCUGCGUUCUUCGUCUCCUCCGAUGAUGAUUCCGAUGACGCUUGUAGCAUCUGUCUCGAGCCUUUCUCUCUCCAGGAUCCUUCCACUGUUACAAGUUGCAAACAUGAAUAUCACCUUCAAUGCAUCAUUGAAUGGUCACAGAGAAGCAAAGAGUGCCCUAUUUGCUGGCAACUGUUUGUUUUGAAAGAUCCUGCUAGCCAAGAGCUUUUGGCUGCUGUGGAAAAGGAAAGAUUGUUGAAAACUAGGAACAUAUCUUCAUCAUCUCCAAUUUCUAUUCAUCACUCUCUUGAGGAUUUUCACUCUGAGGAGGAGGAAUCGCAGUUUAACAGCUUUGAUGAACAAUUCUUGAGGCAACUCACCGAAGCUGCCCAUAGACGUUGUCUGCUUCGCAGAAGGGAGAAUCAAACCUCCUCCAGUUUUGUUUCGUCCAGUACUGAUCCCAUUCCCAGUACGAUGCAUCCUUCUGAUUUUAUCAAUCUUUAUCGUAUAUCUGCUAUUUCUCAAGAUGAACAUCAACUCGCAAACCUUUGUCCUAGUCCUGGCUCAUUGACCGCAUCUCCUGUCUCUGGUCACUCUUCCGCUCCUACAGAUAGCAACAACGCAUCCAGAAUCUCCCCUGGCCUUUCUCCAUCUCGUUCAUCUCAAAGUCCAGAUCCACCUGAAGCAUCCUCGCUUCCAGAAGCCAUUAAAUCCAAACUAUCUGCAGCUUCUGCAAAGUACAAGGAUUCGAUCUCUAAAAGUAAACAAGGUCUUAAAGAGAAGCUACUUGCUCGCAAUAACUCAGUGAAAGAAUUGAGCAAAGGAGUGCAACGUGAGAUGAAUGCAGGAAUAGCUGGUGUCGCACGAAUGAUCGACCGUUUGGAUUUUGGUUCAAAACGUUUUGGAGGGUCUGCUACUGCUUCUGGAUUCAAUUUCUCAUUCAAAGGGAAGCGUGUUGAAGCCAAUUCCAAGUCUAACAACAAUGGAGACAAAACCGAACCGCAAAGCCUGCAGGGUGGAGAAACGUGCUGAUGAAAUCAAAUAAACGGAGAGGCCUUUUAAUGCAAGCGAUGUACGUUUCCAUUGAAUCAACUUACCCGUUGGUCUUCGCAUCCUGCAUUGUUCAGAGCUUACCACGGAGUCACGGUCUCGUCUCUCUCUCUCUCUCUUUUCUCUCUGUUACUUUUGCGAUGAAGUACUUCUAGAAGGCUAAAAUAAGCAUCUGAUGAGUAAUCUUUUUAAUUACUCGACUUUCAUUGAGUUAAAAACUUUAUAUAAUUUUAUUUUCAAAGGAUAAUGUUAUAUAUGUUUUUCCACGUAGAAUUGGAUAAUUAGUCCGCUGAAA